AUCUUCAAGUAUUACAGUAUUGUAAAUAUUGUAAUUAAACACUAAACGAUGUCAACAUCAAAUAGAAUUCAAAUAAUUAAUGAAAAUUGUUAAAAGAUCACACUAUGGACAUCUUCUGGCAUUCUCCUUUUCCUAUCGAAUGUAUCGAAUCCAAUUUAAUCCUCACAGUGCGCAGUUAACUUCACUGCAAACUGUUUUUUGACAGUUGUAGGUGUCGCGAUGAACAUGUACGACGAAAAAUUAUAUGAAAAUUAAGUUCUUUUUAUUAUUGUUUAAACAAAAUUCUUGCCAAAAUCAAAUGCCUUCUAAAAUAUAUUUUUAAAUUAAUUUACUCCAAAAAUUGUAUUCAUUUGUGGGAUUUGAUUCACCUGGAGAAAAAGUACUAGCUUGUCCUAUACAUAUGUAUUCUCCAUACAUACAUCUAGAAUAAGGUCUGGUAUAAUUACUCCAAAAUAAGAAUAUAUGUACAAUAUCAAAGUAGAGGUAAUGGCAGAUGUCUGUGUAACAUUUAUUAUGACUGCUCAAUAGUCAACAUAGAUGAAAAGUGUCGUGAGUGUUUUAGAUGUAGAAUGAGCUACACUAAAGAAUAAAUAUCACUAUAAUCUUACUUAUCAGUGAAAUAACGAAGUGUAAAAAUACGUUGUAUGGAAUACUGGAUAUUAUGUGUACAUGCAAGUGAUACCAAAGUUGAGUUUUAUCGAUGUUUCUAUACUUGCGAAGAUUAUCUAUUGACAUGAGGAUAGCAAGCAUUUAAUAAAUAUGCACACAGCAAUAUACUAAUUAUCAAGUUAUAAUCGUACAAAUUUUCUAAAAUAGUUAACAAUAAUGGAUAAGUCGACAAUACAAGAUUGAUCAUCUGUAAAAAUUAUUGUGAGAUUAAGUUCCAUACUUAUCAAUCGUUAAAUAAAGCAAAAAUUAUAAUGAGAUAACGAUUUGAGAAUGAGAUAUAAAAGUGUUAACCUCCUCGGUUAUGCAGCACUUACUCUUGUUCUAUAUGUGUGUGAUGAAGUCUACGGAGCUGGAGGAGGAGGUGGUAGUGGAGGCAAUGGAGGAGUAUGUAAAGAUUUACAAGGACAUACGUAUACAACUGGAGUUUAUUACAUACCUGAGCCCUGCACUCUUUGUGUAUGUGAUAAUGGCAAUCCUAAAUGGUGUAAAGCAGUCAUAUGUAGAUUGUCACAAAAGUCAGUACCAAAGCAAGAUUGUAAGUCAUUUAGGAUUGGAACACCGUGUUGUGAAUUCAUAUGCUUAGAUGAUACUUUGUCUUCAGUGACCAACGACAAAACCGACGGAAUCGAGAAUAAUAAUGGUGAUUCUAGUGCUACUUAUGAUUUAGGACUGAGAUUAGUUGCAAGUUGUAUCACAGCUAUUUUAUCUUUGAGUUUAUUAUUCUUCCUUAUACACCGAUUACGUCAGAGAAAAAUUCGAGUUUGCAUAGCAGGAAGACAAAAUCGUGAAUUGACAGAAGAACAACGAAGUUUGGGAAGUAUGGGUUAUUUGGAGCGAGGAGGCUUAUCACAUGGAAUGCAAAUGGAUGAAAUGAGUUGUAGCGGUGGAUAUUCAUUGUGGAAACCACCUGGAAAUUAUUUUCCAAGAGGAGAAGCUCCACCUCCUUAUGAAGAAGCAGUUGCAGCAGCUAGAGCUGAACAGGCAUUGUUAACAAUGAAUCCAAAUGCAUUAUCAUCACUAAAUCUUCGUAAUUCUUAUUUAACAACGUAUAGUAGCCAUUCAAAUAUGUCUGUUGCUGGAAGUACGCAAAAUAGUUUACCAGCGAAUUCUCCAACUCCUUCAAAUUAUAACGCUACAAGUCCAUCGUCUUCAGUUUCUAAUAAUUCUAGUAGGCCUUUGAAUGCCAUUAAUCCACAUUCUUCUACAUGUCAUCAGCAAUUGGUUCAAACCGAUGAAAACAUGUCUGUUAGUCUUUAUAAUAGUGCACCAGUUACUAAUUUUAAUAAUUAUAAUGUGGACUCUAAUAUUUAUGAAAAUACGGUUCAAGUACCAGUACCAUUACCAAUAACAAAUAAUAGUCGAUCACCAGAGCAUUCGAAUGUUCAUGAAAAUAAUCACUCUCAAAAUUUUCGUGAUCCUUUGCGCCAUGCGGCUCUUCCACGCCAGGGAAGUGCAUUUACUAUCUCUUCAACGUUGCCAAAUACAAACACUAUAUCAACUCAUCGUACUAUUCCACGUACCCUUACCACAAGUACUAGUCCACGAAUACGGCAUGACUUUAUUAAUCCUCAAUCAUUAUUAUCACUUGCCAAUACGCCUGCAAAGGAUGUCAAGUCUCUUGAACAAUUACCUCAAUGUAUACCUUCUGUUAGUUCUAACUCUCAUAACAAAAAUAUUUCCACUGAAUAUCAAGAUAAUCAACCAUCCUCAUUACAACUAAAAUUAGCAGAACCGUCUUCAUCGCAAAUUAAGGCUGCUGAUUUUGAGGCAACUUCAAAUAAUAACAAAAAACCUUCAUUAAUAUUUGGUAGUAGCACUGAACAAGAAGGAAGUUUUGAUUCAGUUACGUGCACGUGUAGCAUACAAGUUCUUCCAACAUUGCACGAUGAUACUGACGAUUAUCGUAGUGAAUGUGAAAAUUGUAAAAGUACUACUGGUUCGCGUUACUACUUGGAUAAUGAGGAUGAAUUAGUUACUUCUCCACAUGAAACAAUGACAUUGCACAGAAGACCUGAAGAAACUGCCUCAAGUGUUACACCAAAGUAUUAUCGGACUUCACUUACACUGCCAACAAGUACCCGACAACGUUCACGAAGUACUGGUACUCGAGGUAAUUGGUUUAGUUCUAUGCCAGAAAGUUCCACUGAAUCUUCCGAUAAUGAGUAAAUUCAGAUAAUCUUUAUGACUGUUUUUUCUCAAUCUCUGUAAUUUUCCAUUUUUGUGGACCUGACAAAUACUAUAAGUAUUAAAAAAUACUAAGCCACUUUUUAUUGACUGCUGGAUAAAUAUCAAAGAUAUUUAUUAAAAAGAGAAUCUCUCUUUAGUGAUAAAUUUUUAAAACAAAACUCAAGUAAAUAAUAUACUUGUACAUGAAUUCUUCAUAUAGCUCGAUUAUCAACAUUAUUAAUUUUAUGUUACCAAGUUGUGAUAACAUUUUAAAAAUAUUAUAGAUAUAUUUUUUAUCAUUAACAUUUUAUAAUAAUUGAAUAUUUUACAUAUUAUAACUCACGUGUUAUAAUUAUACAAGAGCUUUAACCAUGAUGCCAAUGUAAACUAAAAUAUCAAUGAUUUAUAUACAUUUUUUUACUUAAAUACGCUGUCAUUUUAAUCAUUAAGAUUAAUUGUUUUUAAUUGUUCAUUAUAUUAUUUAUUAAUAUUAAUAAUUUUAACAUUUUUAUAUUAUGACGAAUUUAUAAUCAUUUAUUUUGUAACCUGAGAAGUACGAAAAAUACUAAAUAGCAGUCAGUGAAAAGUACGCUCGAUAUAUAUAAUUAAGUCAUUUAAUUAUAAAAUAUAGCAGUUGGUUGUCGAUUAACCAAUGACUGUAUUUUUUAUUUGUGAUAAGAAUUUAAUAAUAUCUACAAAUAUCAUAUCUUUAUUGAAACAUCUAUGAUAUAAAUGAAAUAAAAAUUCAUUAAAAAAUGAUAAAACUAAAAAUAAAAAAAAAAUAUCGAAAAAAUCAUCUAACGUUAAUAGUGCAACGAAGAUCGAAUGAACAAUGUUUCAAGUACAUAAAUAGAUGGAUUUGCAAACUCGAUAAAAAAUUUGGCGCACAAUAAAUAUGUGAAAAUAAAGUAUAAUUGAUAAAAAAUUAUAAAUAAAAAAUUCAUUAUUAUUAUAAUUAUAAUAAGAGAGAUUACGGCAAAAAAUAAUAGUGUUCAAUCAUAAAUCAAUGUAUACAAUACACGUAAAUUAACUGAAAUUGAAUGACCAUCAAAUAAACACAAAAAUAAAUAUCAUAGAAAGUUAAAAAUACUUAUAAAUGUUUAGAAAUUAGUAGAAUUUGUUCAUUAAUACUUAGCUCCAUAAUUAUAAGAUAAUUUGAAUUAAGUAAUGCUAUGAUAUUAAUAGUUUAUUCACGAAAUUGUUAUUAAUCAAUUUAUAAAAGCUCGUUCUUACAGUAUAUUCAAAUUUUUCAAUAUGUAUGACGUAUAAUUUGACCAUUAACAGUAUUAAUUUUUUGUCCAAUUUUACCAUUUUUAAUAAC